UACAACGUUCACGAAAUUUUCGACGAGGCUUUUCAGUCGGGGAUUUCCAGUUCAUGGGAGAGCAUUUUUAAUUCUUGACACAUACGUAGAAAGUACAAGCUUUAUCUGUGAUCUGCUCUUUUGUAAUCUGUAUCUUUUUUUCCCGAUUGUGUUUCGCGUUAGAUACGGCUGUGAGUAUACGCCAUAUAGCGUCAAUGACUCCUUCAAUCGCAGUCGUGCCCGAGUGCUUGAGAGCUAAGAAAUUCAUGAAGAAGGCCAAAGAUAGAUUUUGCUACAAGCGUCAUGGUAACACGUACAAAAAUGAUCAGAAAUGUGGCGUGCACAGAGCGAUUUUCUUGACAAACGAAACGUUCAUUACUCGUUAUGAUGAAUUAACGGAGCUCAGUGCGCAACUCGCAGCUAAUCUCAAGAUCUCCAAGAGUCUCCAGUCCAAAAGGAAAAACACAAAAUACAACGAGAUCAUAGCAGUUGGAACCGAGAAACAAGCCAUAAAUUUCUCAAUUGCUGUGCAAGAUGAUACGGUGAAUCCUAUGCAGCUUGCAAGCAGCUCUCAGGCUUCCUGGAGUUCUAAAUUAGAAGCAAAGAACACAAAGCAUAAUACAGCACCGAAAUGUAAAAAGUCUGUGAAAGAAAAAAAGAAAAGUGAUAGAACAGUGUCAGAUAACAGCAAAGACAGGACUAAGAAUUUAGUUAAAAAUCAGGCCAAUACUCAACAUGGUAAUAAAGAAAAACACUUGAAAUUAACAAGGAGAAAUACAAAAAAUAAGGCAGAAACAGAAAACAAAUCAAAUACAGAGAAUGUAUUGAAAAAAAUGUAUAGCGAAGAAAUAAUGAAAAGCAAUGCAAAGAAGAAAAAGGGUACAAGGAAAACAUUCAAGAAGAUAUUUUCAAAUUAUAUACCUGUGUCAAAAAUGAUGAAUAUUUUAAAAAAACAAUCAUUCGAUAGUAGUACACAAUAUGUAAAAGGGCAUCUUCGUAUAAAUCCUUUUGCUUGUAAAUACGCUUAUUUAAGUGUGACUAAUGAAGAACGUGACUUGGUAAUCAUAGGUAUAUCGAAUAGAAAUCGUGCUUUUGAAGGAGAUCUAGUUGUGGCAUGUGUAAACCCUGAAAAUUUGUGGCGUACUUCACCUGAUGGAGAAGUACAAAAGACUGGUAAAAUUGUUUGUAUAUUAGAGAAAGUACAUUCGAGACGAGCAGUUGGAUAUAUUGUAAAAAAACAUGAUUCGAUGCUGUUAUUUCAUCCAAGAGAUCAUAGAAUACCAUUUGUUGAGAUACUUCCUGAAUCAGUACCACCUUCAUUUCGCGAUCAACCAGAACUUUUCAAAGACAUACUGUUUUUUGUUAGUAUCGAUUUGUGGGAGCAGCUAUAUGCGUUUGGGCGGAUUCUUUCAGUAGUGGGUAAACAUGGCGAAAUAAAUACGGAAUUAACAGCAGUAAUACUUGAAAAUGAUUUAAAUUUGUCUCCAUAUCAUGAAAGUCUAUUGAAAGGACUUCCAAGUAGUGAUUACAUUUUAACGGACGCUGACAUGAAAGAUAGAGAAGACUGGAGGCAUGAGUGUAUUUUUUCGAUAGAUCCUGCAACAGCUGUUGAUAUAGAUGACGCCCUUUCUUGCAAAAUCUUGGACAAUGGAAAUUAUGAAAUUGGUGUACAUAUAUCAGAUGUCACGCACUACUUAAAAUUUUCCUCUCCAUUAGAUAACGAAGUUUUGAAACGAGCUACUACCGUUUAUCUGCCACACACAACUUCUCACAUGUUACCAGAGGCAUUGUGUAAAGUUUGUUCCUUAUUUUCUGGUAAAGAUAAAUUAGCCUUUUCUGUAAUCUGGGAAAUGACACCAGAGGCCGAAAUUGUGAAACACCGUUUCGCGAAGACUGUAAUAAGAUCGUGUUGUCAAAUGUCCUAUGACUUAGCUCAAGCUAUGCUCGACGAUCCAGAAAAGUCUUGGCCCAAAGAUUUCCUAGACAUAAAAGGAGACUACACCGUAUCGUUAUUAUCUGACCUAGUGAACAAGUUAUUUAAAUUAUCCACUCAGUUGCAAAACAAACGGUUUGGUCAUGGGGCUCUGAGAUUAAAUAAACCAACGUUACAGAUACGUAUAGAUCCCGUGCUGAGUCAAGAACACGGGAUUCCGAUACCUGUAGACUAUUAUGUAUAUGAAAGCAUCGAUAGCCACAGUCUUAUAGAAGAAUUUAUGCUGUUGGCAAAUAUGACAGUUGCUGCACAAUUGUACAUUGCAAUUCCCAAAACGGCUUUAUUACGUGUGCAUAAAGAUCCGGCCAAGCGAUGUCUCAGUUCACUUCAUGUUAUGUUGCAAAAGUAUGGAAUUCAUUUAAAUAUUGAAACAGCUGGCGACUUACAGGCCAGCAUCAGUCGCUAUGAACCAGAAAAUAACUCUGUCACGAUCGAUUCCAUGAAAUAUAUUACAAUGGUUAUCGUAAACCUAUGUUCAAAGACUAUGGCACGUGCAGAAUAUAUAUGCGCAUCUACCACUUCGCCGUAUGAUUUAAAACACUAUGCAUUAAAUGUGCCUUUUUAUACGCACUUUACCUCCCCUAUUCGAAGAUAUGCCGAUUGCACAGUUCAUCGUUUGCUUAGUGCGACGUUUGAAAAUAAACCUUUACCAGAAAAAUGGACGGUCAAAUUGUGUUCCAAGAUUGCAGCCAAUUGCAAUUUAAAGAAAUAUAAUGCGAAACUGGCUUACGAACAGAGCACGGAGGUAUUCUUUGCAUAUAUGGUAGGCCUUGCAGGCGGCUUUACUGCGAUAGCUAUAGUAUUAUGCGUCAAAGGAGACAGUAUAGAAGUUAUUCUCUGUGACACUGGCAUAAAAUUAAAAGUAAAAUUUAAAGACAUAGAAGACGUUGCCACAUCGAAGUAUUCCGCAGAUCAUGUACCAACUGUAACUGUUAAUUGGAAGGAACCUCCUAUUGUACAGGUUAUCAAUUUGUUUAGUUUGGUGCAUGUACGGAUAACAAAAAGUGAAGAAUUGCGUAUAAAAGCAAUUCUUUUACCUCCACCACAACAGUAGACAGAUCUAGAAAGAGAGAGAGAUUUCUAAUUAAUUUUAUAGU